UCCUGUGAUGCCUUGAUACCACUUGUUGCCGGAGUCUCUGGCGAGAGAGACGGCGCGAGGCAAACGAAGUAGGGGAACUGGACGCUGCUGGGACACUCCCUUUCACAGAGGAACACCCAGGCCAGAAAUGGAACACCAGACAAGCUUUAAACAAAAAGUAUUGCCUCAUUACCUGAAGGUGAUAACGGAGGUUGUGACGCUGGACGACAUUGUCAGCAACUGCAGUGAUCGGGAGCUCAGCGGGGUAGAGAAGAGGCUGCGGACAGUGGUGACGACAGCUCACGCCGAGAUCCAAAAGGCAGUAGCGGAGGGAGGGAAGGUCCAGGACGAGGUGAGCGAGGCCAUCAGAGACGCGACGGAGGAGAAGAGGAAGGUUCAGCAGGAGAUGGAGAAUAAGAGGAAGCAGCUGCUGGAGGUGGGAAACCAGCUCGUCACCCUGGAGACUAAGAAAGACAAGAAGCAAGCCGAACUGAAGAGGGUUCAGGCGACGAUUCUGCAAAAAGAAGCAGCUCAGGAAGCUGAAAACGCCCGUAAGGCAGAGAAGGAAACAUUACGCAAUGUGGGAUUUGGCCUGCUCAUCCUGCCCUUUGUCGGAAUCCCCCUGGCUCUCGGUGCAACCAGGGAAAUGAAACGCUCGAAGGAACUGAUCUCCAAGGCCUCUGAAAGGCUGUCAACGAUGAAGGUGGAACAGGACAGCGUGUGCCAGGAGCUAACCGAGUGCCAGGAGAAGGUGGAGGAGCUGAGGCUGAAGCAGCUGGAGGCGGACAGCCAGCUGAGGGGGAACGAGAUGGAGGUCCAGGUCAGGCAGGAACACAUAACCCAGCUGUGUGCCAGCAGGAUGAAGGUGUUCAACAGUAUGGACCACCUGAAAGCCCUCCAGAGAGAGCUGGACGUGGUGUACGAGGAUUGCGACCCAGAUAACUACCCUGGGUUUAAUCUGAUUGGCCAUCUCCAGAAACUCGUCUCCCUUGUCCAGGGACAAAGCUUCGGCCUCGAGUUGCUCGGAGACCCCCGGGUAAUCAGCAAGAUCAGCCAACUCGAUGGGAAGUGCCCGAACGGAGCACCGUCCCUGCCGGGGGUCUGACAGUGACCACAAAGGGAUGUGUGUGGGAGGUACUGACUCCCUGAAGGUACUGUAGGGUUCUCAGUGAUAUUAACUGCUAACUGCUAAUAAUGAAAUGGCUUCUCUGUACUGUUAAAAUGAAAUGGCUUUUCAGUAACGUUAACUGAUGAGGUAAGAUUCUCUGUAGCAGCAUGUUUGGGUUAUAAUUAGUGAUAAUGGGACUUGUAUUCACUUGCUAACCAAUGGAAGAGAUGUUAUUCUUUCUGUCUGUGUGAAAGCUGUUAGUUUGCGCGGGCUUGGGGGGUUUUUCAGCGAGGAAGAACGAAGAGGAAGGAUGUGCUGGACGCACUCUGGUAGACCACCGUGGUUGGUCCCAGUCUGAGGGUCGAGGAGUUCGGAGGAGAUCGAAUGGUGGAGAGAAGACUCCGUUAAUUGAGCUCCAAUGGUUGUGCACGAAGCGGAUGAACUCUGAUAAGAUUGGGGCCUUUUUCUUUUCCUUUAGUAUUUGUAUCUCUAUUAACCACAUAGUCACAUUAAGGUUUAUAAAGUGUAAUCAGUUAAUCGUACCUUGUGUGCUCUCUGCAACACAC